AUGGUGUUGCUCAUUUUGGACUACUUGACUUGGGGGGGGACCGUGGAUUUCAUCAGCAUUCAGCAAUUGAUAAGUGGUGAGAGAGCUGAGGGCAAAGUCCUGGGAAUCAGACAUGGAGUCCUUGAUCCUGGAGGCUGGAAAGGUGACCCUGGACUGGGUCCCCAAGAAACUGUGGCCCUGGAGAGGCAAAAGUUAGCGGAAGAAAAAAAGAAAAAACUCGAGGCUUUUAACAAUUCCAGGCUCAGGCUUGACAGUCUGGCUGACUUAGAGAAUUUGGUGCGGCAGCAGAAAGAAAAGCGGAAGCGCCUGAAACGGAGGGUCCCCCCCAGGGCACCUAAGCCCCUGGUAGAGCUGCAACCUCCAUCCCAGCUGCAGCCUGUGGACCUGGAGACAUUUCUGAAGGCAGCUGUUGAAAACCAAGAGCUCCUGAUUGACAAGUACCUGGCAGAUGGUGGUGACCCUGAUGCCCAUGACAUGUUCCACCGAACAGCCUUACACUGGGCUAGUCUGAAGGGUCACAGCCAGAUUGUGAACAAACUAUGGAAGGCGGGGGCCACAGUUGAUGGUCGAGACAUGUUGGACCGAACACCUUUGUUUUGGGCCUGCCGUGGAGGGCACCUAGAGAUCCUUAAACAGCUGCUCAACCAAGGGGCUGAAGUCAAUGCCCAGGACAAGAUUUGGAGUACACCCUUGCAUGUGGCUGUUCGAACAGGACACUGUGACUGUCUUGAACACCUUAUUGCUUGUGGGGCCAAAAUUGAUGCACAAGAUAAGGAGGGAGAUACAGCCUUACAUGAGGCAGUAAGGCAUGGCCGUUACAAGGCCAUGAAGAUGUUGCUGCUCUAUGGGGCCAAGCUGGGUAUUCGUAAUACUGAGGCAAUGACACCAGUACAGCUAGCAAGAGAUUGGCAGAGAGGCAUCCAAGAAACAUUACGGGCCUAUGUUGGGCAUCCCCGAACUCGUUGCUGAUGAUGACAGACCUUGUAGAGGCUACCACCAUUCCAUCCCCUUCCCUUUUGUCCCUUUUGUCUAUCAGUUAUGGGAUAGCUCAGGUGGUCAAGCUACAAGUUGGGAUUUUCCCAAGUCUAUUCCCUUGUCCCAUUGAGCUGUUCUACUGUACCAGGCAAGGUUUAUUCCUUGGCCUUUUGUCUCUUACCCCUCUCCUCCCCUCAAUUCCUAGUGAUCUAUAUAGUAAGGAAUAUCAGUACAGAUUAUUUUCCUUGCCCUUGAAUUCAAUCUUUCACCUUCCCUGGUAGCUACCUCAAUGAUGAGAAAAAAAAAUCCUGUCAGGAUUUGGGAUGGACAUUGUCAAGUACAUGUAACUCUAAGGGGUGUCCUGUUUGGUUUGAGUUGGUCAGAGACAAGCUGUUUAGGUCAGUAAAGAGAUUAUAAAUUCGUAAAGAAGGUAGGAGAGAGAGGACGCUCUAAGUUUUGUGGGUGGUAGUGAAGUUUAAGAUACUCACAAAGGUGAAGUUAGGUAGGUGAAGACUGGGGAGAUGGGAACCAUGUGGUGGUCUAUCAACCAUGGUCCCACAAAAGCUAUUCAGAAGCCUCAGGACCAGAGAGUUGUGCCCUUCAGCUUGUGGCUGACCUAAACUGUAUCAUAACUUAUCUAGGGGCUCAUGCUCAUUAGCAGCAAUCCUGAUGGGGUAUGGUAUGGCUUUAGAAAGUUUCAGUCUUAAGGAUUCUUGAGAUGGUUGUUGGCUUUUGCAGUGAUAUAGUAAGUUCUGGGAUUAUUCAUUCUAUCUGUAAAACAGCACACCCACUCUCUUAAGUCCACAACCAACCUGGUUGCUCCAGAUUCCUCUAAGACUGACAGAUGAGGGCUAGGACCUCCCCCCAC